UGGAGCCUCAGUGGUUUCUCCUUUACGGAACAGCAGACGCAGACUAAAACCUGUAGAUCAUAUUAGUAAUGAUCACCAUGCCCCCUGGGGCAGGUGCAGCAACAGACAGGAGAAGCAGAAGUGGAAAUUACCACUUGGUGGUUCGUGGAAUUGACCACUUGACUGCUUUCUCAAAAGGAAUACACGUUUCAACUCUGACAGAAGACUAAAAUGGCUCAAAACGUUUCUUAAAAGAGGAUUACUGGUAAGGCAAGGACUGUUUGAAAGAACCAUCUCAACACAUUGGAUACCGACAAAGGUACUGUGAAGACAUCUCUCCUCAAUUACUCCUAAGAUUGAAUACGCAAAGAAUUUGAUGACUGUUUUUGCCUACCCGAACGCAACUUCAAUUCUGAAGAGCCUGUACAAGUUUGCUGAACAAGCAGAAUUUUGUGUUGUUUUUUAAUGAACUGGACAGACUAUGAAGAAAACUGAGGAGGACCUCGUCACUUUGUCUGGUCUAAAGAUGUAUAUUAGCAGUGUACAACCUGAUAACGUCAGCACACUGGCACAGAUGAGCUGCAAUAAGAGCGAUGACUUUAAGUAUGCAAUGUACAGCGGAGUUUUCAGCCUGGUGUUCGUGGUUGGACUUUUCUUCAACAUGGUGGCCAUAUACAUUUUUGCCUGUACACUGAAAAUGCGCAACGAGACCACGACAUACAUGAUAAACCUGGUUGUUUCAGACUUGCUCUUUGUCCUCAGCCUGCCUUUUCGGAUAUUUUACUUUGUCAGGCGUGACUGGCCAUUUGGCAGUGUAUUGUGCAAGAUCUCUGUGGCUGUGUUCUACACCAACAUGUAUGGCAGCAUCCUCUUCCUCACGUGUAUCAGCAUUGACCGGUUUCUGGCCAUUGUACACCCAUUCCGGUCCCAGGGAAUUCGUACCAAGAGGAAUGCCAAACUGGCCUGCUGCAUGGUGUGGGUGAUGGUUCUGUCUGGCAGUGUACCCACAGGAUUCCUUUUGGACACUACCUCACCUAAAAACAUCAACACCUCCUCCAACUACUGCUUUGAAAACUACUCCAGAAAGCAGUGGAAGGCUGAGCUGUCUAAAGUGGUGGUGUUUAUUGAAACAGUGGGUUUCCUCAUCCCGUUGGUGCUGAAUGUCUUCUGCUCGAUCAUGGUUCUACGGACGCUGAAGAAACCUCAAACUAUCAGCCGGGGAGGGAAUAUCAACAAGUCUAAGGUCUUGAGGAUGAUCAUUGUGCAUCUGCUCAUCUUCUGCUUCUGUUUUAUUCCCUACAACGUCAACCUCAUCUUCUACUCCCUGGUCCGAUCGAACAUCCUAAAAGGAUGCAACGUAGAGCACGUUGUCAGAACCAUCUACCCAAUUGCUCUGUCUAUAGCAGUAACUAACUGCUGCUUUGACCCAGUGAUUUACUACUUCACAUCAGAGACCAUUCAGAGCUCCAUCAGACGCAAAUCAACAAUAUGGCAAAACAGUGUCAAGCUGUUUGACCGACUGCAGACAGAUAGCUCACAGAGCAGUCCAAAUUCAACACUCAAAAUCUUGACUCUGAGGUCCAUGAGAUCUAAAGCCUGUGACAGUGAGGCACAGUGUUAGUCUAUCGCACAGCAGCACCCUGACAUUGCUUUGUGAAUGUGCAUAUGAAUGGGUGAAUGUGAGGAAUCACUGCUUUGAGUGUCUGUAUCAGAUGGAAAAGCGCUAUAAAAAUGCAAUCUAUUUAUACCCCCUAAAGCCAGCUCUAACAUAUGACAAUUCAACAUAUUCAAUUCAGUGAGUACUGGUGGUGAUACUCUGGACAAACCUGAGACAGCAGGUGGAAGAAAAUAUUGAAAUCAGUAAAAACAGUGAGGACAUUGUGAUUUUUCAAGAGUCACACUCUCACCUGCUAGAAAGCCCUUUGUCUCUCAUUAAAACACUAUAUAUUUAUUGUGUGUAUGAGUGGAACAAGCUGAAGAAGAAACAUUUCAAGCUGAAAUUUGUUUCAGUGUACAUAAACUUAAUCAGUGAUAAUAAUUCUCAACAUACAAGUUAAAAAACUGUCUCUACCCGCUAACAAUUUCACAAUGGCUGUGUAUUAGUGGAAAUGGCAAGUGUCCAAGCAAGUACAUGAUGUUGGAAAACUAUGACAUAAAAUAUUGUGAUUAUUUUAUUCUGCUUUGGCACAACUGAAACAGUAUUAUAUUUCUCUAAGUGUCCAUUUUUCAAGUAUUUGUAGCCUGAUUUAGACUAUUUAAGCACUUUAAAAAGUGGUAUGUUUUGUAACAGCUUUUUACAAAAAAAAAAAAAAAAAAAAAAAAUCACUUUUUUAUGUAACAA